UCAAUACUCGGAAAACUCACCAGACUCUGACUUUCGUCUGGCUCAAAAACUUCAAGACGAGGAAUAUGCUCGCUGGGCAGAAACUAAUCGGCAACAGGAGCUGGUAUCCAAUGUUGGCGAAUCGUCUAUCGACCAUUUUCAUUCACGAGUAAUUCCUCCUAUACCUGAAAAUUAUCGAUGCAAUCAUCAUCUUCCUUAUCAAAGCAAUUUAAUUCAAAACCCACAACCACAACCACAACAAUACCCAAUAAUUUAUGCAUCUCCAAAUCAACCUCCCCUACCUUACAAUCAACCUGAUCCUUACAUUAGUAAUGGUGUUGGAGGAAAUUUACAAUAUUAUGGAAGUUUGAAUCAAGAUCGAUCUG